UUAGUCUUGCCUAAUCAAGCAUACGCCUUGACUGAAUCACUUAAAAAUACAGAAACACAAAAAAACUAAAAAACUGUUUAACCGCAAUGGCGCAGAGCUCGAAAGAUGCCGCGUUGGCCGAAAUGGAUUUGAUCUUUCUGGACACCAUUCUGCCCAGGUGCUGCAAGGACAUAACCACCACGCAAGCGUUCUUCAAGGACUACACGGCCGAUAAGCCGAAGCGAACCGUCACCGCGUUUCGGAAGCAAACGGAUCCUGCCUUGAUUUCGGGCCAUUACGCGAACAACCUGAAGGUUCGGGGGCAGGAGUUGAAGACAAGGACAUGGCCGCGAUCCAUGGACUGGCGUGAGGAGUACGCCCAGUUCGUCAAGCGCAACAAGUGGUGCAACGAGGAGAUUUACAAGCUCUUCUUCGUGCACCCGCCCGUCGACUACUAUCAAAUCAAGGAAUAUCUGCGGGACCUGCUCAAAACCACGUAUAUCUCGGACUACUCGCCCAACCAGUACAAAUCGCUUAAAAGCCAGCGCAAGCAAAGGGUACGUCUGGAUGCUGACGGCAUUGACUAUCAGACGACCUAUGGCAAUUAUCACAAUCGCAUACAGGAGGAGGAUCCGUUUAAGUCGAACCUCAUUCUAGAACCGGGAUCAAGUGGCAAAAAGAUGGACAUUGACAAAUUCGCCAAAGAGAUGCGCAAACUGUUCACCAAGUACAAUCUUACAACAUAUUACGACACAAUCUGCCUCCCAGCGUUGAUAAAGGCCAAGGAUGGAAUUAUGCCAUCGGGCCCGAUCGAUCGCUACACCCUUCGCAAACAUUAAAUGGAACUCAGUUCACCGCGGUGGAUAAAAAGGGUUCUUAAAAUUGUACUGAUAUAGCAAUUGUGACUAAAUAAAUAGGCAUUACACAUGAA